UAUAGUUAUGUUUGUUCUUGUUACCACCAAAGUUGGUGUGUAAAGUCUGAACAGCUCCACAACUGCUGGGGCCACAGUUUCCUCCUGUGCAAAUUGAGGGUUCAAUACCCUUUGGGUCAUGCCAAUGGCAGAGGAGUUCUUGACGAAAGGCCUGGUGACCUACUUCUAAGAGGUCAGCAUUGAAGACCAUUGGAGCGGAUUCUGUUCUGAUGCAGGUGGGGUUGCCAUGAGUUGGAAUCGAUGCAUGGCAACUAGUUUGGGCUGGUUUUUUACAGAGUUAAUGUUGAUACUGAAUGUGAGAAAGGUGGUCAAUGUGAAUUUCUAAAUUGAGGCGUAAUUUACAUACCAUACACUUUACCCUUUUAAAGUGUACAACUCAGUGGUUUUAGUAUAUUCAAAGUUGCACAACUAUCAUCACUGUCUAAUUCCACAAUAUUUAUAUCGUCCCAUAAAGAAAGCAUUAAACUGUCUUUACUCACUACAAUGCCAGCCCUGGGGAACCACUAAUCGACUUUCUGUCACUAUGAGUUUGCCUAUUCUGAACAUUUCCCAUAAGGCGGAUGAUAUAAUACAGGCUCUUCUAUGUCUGACUUCUCUCCAUGGUAAGACACAAAGGUGAUGGCUACUCUGAGGAGAAAGACACAAAGGCCUAUCCCCGGGACUCUGGUUAUGACAGCCUCUCCAACCGACUCAGCAUUUUGGACCAACUUCUCCACACUCACCCCAUAUGGCUGCAGCUGAGUCUGAGUGAGGAGGGGGCGGCACAAAUCCUGCAAUCGCAGCCACCUGGGAUCUUCCUGGUUCGUAAAUCUACUAAGAUGCAGAAAAAAGUACUCUCCCUUCGCUUGCCCUGUGAAUUUGGCGCCCCACUCAAGGACUUCCCCAUAAGGGAAAGCACAUACACCUUUUCCCUGGAAGGCUCAGGAAUCAGUUUUGCAGAUUUAUUCCGGCUCAUUGCUUUCUACUGCAUCAGCAGGGAUGUUCUGCCAUUUACCUUGAAGUUGCCUUAUGCCAUUUCAACAGCCAAGACGGAGGCUCAGCUUGAAGAACUAGCCCAGCUGGGAAUAAAUUUUUGGAGCUCACCAGCUGACAGCCAACCCCCAAACCCUCCACCUCCCCAUAGGCCUCUCUCCUCAGACGGUGCUUGUCCUGGCUCGCAUCAGCUCUGCCUUAUAAAUGGAGUGCAUUCUAUAAAAACCAGGACGCCUUCAGAACUGGAGUGCAGCCAGAGCAACGGAGCUCUGUGCUUUAUAAAUCCUCUUUUCUUGAAAGUGCACAGUCAGGACCUCAGUGGAAGCCUGCCGCGACCCAACACAAGGAUUCCGAGCGUAAAUGGCACCGAGAGACCUCGGUCUCCCCCACCCAGGCCCCCUCCACCCUUUAUUAAUAGUCUCCGCACCAGCCCCCAGCUGCCCAGGACUCAGACCCAGGCGAGCAUGCCAGAAACAGCCAACCAUAACAAACAGGAGGCCGGAGCUGUGCCUGGAGCAAAACCAACACCCAUCCCUCCGCCCCGGCUGAAGAAGCAGGCUUCUUUCCUGGAGGCAGAAGGCGGUGCAAAGACCUUGACUGGUAGCCGGCCUGGAUCUGGCUGCUGGCCUAUACCCAGCCUGGAGCCCGAGCUGAGCACAGCUGGCAGCGCUGGCGGGGCCCCGCCCUCGGAGGCACAGGGCAGUUGCACAAAGUCCCAGCCUCCCUGCUCUGAGUCACAGCCCCCAUGGAAUGGAGGUAGGCAGCGACUGAGCGACAUGAGCAUUUCCACUUCCUCCUCCGACUCCCUGGAGUUCGACCGCAGCAUGCCUCUCUUCGGGUACGAGGUGGACACGAACAGCAGCCUGGAGGACUACGAGGGGGAAAGCGACCAGGAGACGAUGCCCCCGCCGAUCAAGUCCAAGAAGAGGAGCAGCUCCUUCGUGCUGCCCAAGAUUGUCAAGUCCCAGCUGCGGAAGAUGAGCGGCGUCUUCAGCUCCUUCAUGACGCCCGAGAAGAGGAUGGUCCGGAGGAUUGCUGAGCUCUCCCGGGACAAGUGCACCUACUUCGGGUGCCUAGUGCAGGACUACGUGAGCUUCCUGCAGGAGAACAAGGAGUGCCACGUGUCCAGCACGGACCUGCUGCAGACCAUCCGGCAGUUCAUGACCCAGGUCAAGAACUACUUGGCCCAGAGCUCGGAACUGGACCCUCCUAUUGAGUCUCUGAUCCCCGAAGACCAAAUAGAUGUGGUGUUGGAAAAAGCGAUGCACAAGUGCAUCCUGAAACCCUUGAAGGGGCACGUGGAGACCAUGCUGAAGGACUUCCAUGUGGCUGAUGGCUCAUGGAAACAGCUGAAAGAUAACUUGCAGCUGGUGCGACAGAGGAACCCGCAGGAGCUGGGAGUCUUUGCCCCGACCCCUGACUUUGUAGAUGUAGAAAAAAUCAAGGUCAAAUUCAUGACCAUGCAGAAGAUGUAUUCACCAGAAAAGAAAGUCAUGCUACUGCUGAGAGUCUGCAAACUCAUCUACACUGUCAUGGGGAACAACUCAGGGAGGAUGUACGGCGCUGACGACUUCCUGCCGGUCCUGACCUACGUCAUAGCGCAGUGUGACAUGCUGGAACUGGACACUGAAAUCGAGUACAUGAUGGAACUUCUGGACCCAUCACUGUUGCACGGAGAAGGAGGCUAUUACUUGACUAGUGCCUACGGAGCACUUUCACUGAUCAAGAAUUUCCAGGAAGAACAGGCAGCACGGCUGCUCAGCUCAGAGACCAGAGAUACCCUGCGGCAGUGGCACAAACGGAGGACCACCAACCGAACCAUCCCUUCUGUGGACGACUUUCAGAAUUAUCUCCGAGUUGCAUUCCAGGAUGUCAGCAGUGGCUGCACAGGAAAGACUCUCUUGGUAAGACCUUAUAUCACCACAGAAGAUGUGUGCCAGCUCUGUGCUGAGAAGUUCAAGGUGAGGGACCCUGAGGAGUUCAGCCUCUUUCUCUUCGUUGAUGAAACUUGGCAGCAGCUGGCGGAAGACACCUACCCUCAAAAAAUCAAGGCUGAGCUGCAUAGCCGACCACAGCCCCACAUCUUCCACUUUGUGUACAAGCGCGUCAAGAACCACCCCUAUGGUGUCAUCUUCCACAAUGGUGAAGAAGACCUCACCACUGCCUAGAAGCUAGGAGGGACUUGGCAGCAACAUAGCCAAAAGGAGUUUGGACUGUUGCCUUCUGGCUUGCAAGUGCUUCUGCUUGAACAGCUCUGGGGGACUUUACAGUUCAGUGGCUGUGUCAUGCAGGAGAGCCUUUGGCCAAAGGCAUCUUCAAACACCUUGAGGCACAUUGCCCUGGCAAGGCAGCUGAGGCUCAAGAAGCAGUCCAGUACUCACUUUGUGAUGGAGAAUUGCAUUUGAUGAUUCACGUGUUCUGAGACUGUUUACUACCUACCGCAAGCCAGAUUCUGUAUUGGCUUCCAAAACACUCACUCUCUUCCAAUCAAUUCUGAUUUAUAGGAACCCUGUGGGACAGAUUAGAACCACCCCUGUGGGUU